AUGUCGCUGGCGUCCGAGAAGAAUGUCUUCAAUUUUUCAUGCCUGCCUCCAAAUGAUGAUCACGUGAGCAAACCAAAUCGCCACACGAUACAUGAUAACUUAAAUGAUAACAAUGGUAAGAAAAUAAUUCUGAUAUGGAUACCCAGUCACAUAGGAAUUGAGGAUAAUGAGGAAGUCGAUCAACUGGCAUCACAAGCUCACAAUAUUUCAAUAUCAAAUCUUCCCAUCCCACACAAUGAUUUAAGAUUUUGGACAAUAAAGGUUUCAAUGGAGAAAUGGCAACUUGAAUGGAACCAAACAUCAAACUUUCUUAAAUUAUCCACACCAUUUCUCAGCCAAAAAAAUGAAUUUAAAGCUUCAGACCCACCUCCAUGCAUCAUCGUCCACUUAUUACUCAUUUCAUCCUCCUACUCCUUAAGAUCACUUAUGAACCUCUUAUUCAUCUAUUCCGGUUCGUGUUCUGACGGUUGCACGUGA